AUGUUGAGUCUCUGAAGGAGUCACUGCGCCCUCAUGUGGUCAUUAGCAGAAACUGCAGGAUCAGCUGGGCCCACGCAGUGUUGAGCAAGGUGUGUGGGUGUGGGUGUGAACAGGGUGACGCAUUAAGUGAUCCAUAAAACACACUCCCCUGUACAUUCAAUAACUUGAGCAGGUAGGAACAGGCAAAGCUCAUUCGGCAAAUCACCCUGAACAGACAGAAUGGAUACAGACAAGAAAAACACGAUUCUAAGAGAAGGAUUCCUGGUGAAGAGGGGUCAUGUUGUACACAACUGGAAGGCACGGUGGUUUGUGUUGAUGCCAGACAAGUUGCUGUAUUACAAGUAUGAAGGAGGUAAAAGGAAUUCAAGCCAGCGGGGGAAAAUCCUGCUGAAGGACUGUGUGAUAACUUGUCCUUUCCUGGAGUAUGAAAACCGGCCGUUGGUCUUCAAGCUUCAGACAAAGAAUUUGGUGGAACAUUUCCUGGAGGCUUGUUCGCGGGAGGAGCGAGAUGAUUGGGCAGCUGACAUCACUGCAGCAGUGGAGAAACUGCAGACAGGUGGGAAGGUGGAAAGCCAAGAAGAGCCGGCUGGGUCCGAGUUACACAACUUCAAUCUGAGCAAGGUGUUGGACUCCAUGUAUGAUGUUCACAGUGGGAUCAAGAUGAGCCAACACGUGGAGCAGGGCAGCACUUACCACAACUGCUUCUCAGGCUCAGCGGUGGUGGACUGGCUGGUGUUCAUGCAGCUUGUUUUGACCCGUGUGGAGGCAGUGACGCUGGCCUCGGCCCUGCUGGAGGAGGGUUUCCUGCGUACUGUCGGCCUGAAGAGUAUGGAGGGCAUCCGCACCGCCGGCCUCAGCGAGCAGUUCAUGGACGACUCCACUGCACUGUACAGCUUUGCUGACAGUUUGAAGAAGAGAGGCAGUGUGAAGUCAGAGACGUCGCUGUCUGCAGUGGAGCUGAGUGGAAAAGUGAUAAAGAGAGGCUACCUGCUGAAACAAGGACACAGGAGGAAAAACUGGAAGGUGCGACUGUUUGUGCUGCGUUCAGAGCCGGCUUUCCUUCAUUACUAUGAUCCCACCAAGGAUGACAUCAGCCCAGUUGGCGGCUUCUCACUCCGAAGCUGUCUGGUAUCCUCUCUGGAUGAUAAUGGAGUACCCUCAGGUGUAAAAGGCAACAUUCAAGGCAACCUGUUUAAAAUCAUCACUCAGUCAGACACACAUUACUUCAUCCAGGCGCCGACCCACCAGCAGAAGAUGGACUGGAUAGAUGCAAUCAGAGAGCAGACAUAGAGCAGCAGAC